AUGGGGAAUGCGGCACACAAGGUGAUGAAGAAUGAGGGAGCCGCAACACUCUCACCGGGGGUCGAAGAUCUGCUAUCAGAGGCGGUAUCCGGCGAUGCAGGAACGCUCCUCAUCGAAUAUGUCCCUUUCGGCGUUAUUAACUCGAUUACGCCCACCACCAAUCCGACAUCGACGGUGAUUAAUCACGCGAUUGUGAUGUUAUCGGCAGGGAAUGCUGUCGUGUUCAGUCCGCACCCAAAUGCGCGCGACUGUACCGAAGCAACGAUGCACGUUCUCAACGAAGCAAUCGUCACGGCAGGGGGGUCCCGCCAACCUGCUCACCUCGGUUGA